AUGACCUUCAUCUAUCACCACAUCCUCGACGGUUCCUACACACCCUUUAUCACUCCCAUCGCCUCCCAUCCCAACGCCUCUAUCAUCACCAUCAAGGAAGAAGAUCCUUCGGACGAGGAAUUAUCCCUGCUCCUCCGCUAUCCUUCCUCCGAACCAGACUCUUCCUCCGACUCUUCUAUCUCAAUUCCUUGCGUCGCGCCGCUCGUCAAGUGCCGCACCGAUCCUACGCUUCGUUGCAUCUGCAAACACCUUUUAGGAGCAUCCGGUGAACGCAUAUACCCGGUCUGCCUGCUCAAACCAGGGGCUAUCGGCUUCACAACUGCUCUCACCUCUCUUACUCUUACAAACCUUUUUGUGUUCGAUUAUUGCGAGAGAUCGAAGGAAGUCGACAAAUAUUUUACCUACCUUAACAACCCCAUCCGCGUUACCGAACCCAACUCCACCUACCACGAAACCCUACCUUCCGAUACACCCAAUCCACCGUAUGGAGUCUGGGAUCCAGAUCACCAUGUCUGGUGCACAUUCAUCACUCCGAGCCGAGCAGUUCUCCAAGACAUCGACAACAGCUACCCCAUAUAUUGUGACAGGACUUGGAGAUACAUCUCUCCCUCCGGAGAGCGAGUACCGACGACCCGAGACGCUUCCUCACCUCCACAUACACCUCCUCACACCUCGCGCACCGUUACACCAAAACUCUCCGACCUAUCUCCCGUUCAACCCCUUCUGUCUAUGGCCACACGUACCACGACUCAGACCCGAGUUAGAACAGACACAAUGAGCCAGCAAGAUGAUCAAGAGGUCAACAACAACCUAGGAGAUGCCGGAGCACGAACCCAGAAACCAUACAGACCAGGAGACAGUCGUCGCAUUAGAAGCAAGGCUAAGGAAGGAGACGGUGGAGGAGACAAUGAUCCCAGCGAUGACGACGGAGGCGGCGACAAUAAUUCGUCAGGGCAUUUUACCUUCAACAGCAGCAUGCCCAAUCAUACGCAUAGGACAUUCACUGGAGACAACCCUGCCGAGUUUAAGGAGAACAAACACGUCGCGAAACCACCUUUCUUCGACGGUUCGAACUGGGACGAGUUCUGGAGCGCUGUCCUCGGCGUUAUCAGAGCCAAUCCCAAAUACUUCCAAUUGUACCGCCGUCGCAUCGAAUACAUCCUCUUCUUCUUCCGAGGCGAUGUGAUUUCUUGGAAGCAGAACUACCAGUCGAACCCAGACAACACUGUCAGGAACGAAUACCUUGAUUAUCCGUACAACCCAGACACCGACCAGCUCGAGCUUCCCCAAGAAAAGCAUCGCAACGAAGUCACUGAGGCCGACUGGUUCCGGUUCAUGAGGCUCCUCAAGAGAGACUACGAGACCCUAGAUUCGCGAGGACAAGCUAGGCAGAAAAUUAUGUACUCCAAACAGGGAGUACUGACAGCUGCCGAGUUUUUCCACAAACUAGACUCGUCGAGGAGGAUCGCCAGGUGGCAAGGGAAACAGCAUGACGAGAUGGUAGUCGAGAAGCUCAAGGAGAACUUGAACAGUCGUAUCGUCGACGCCAUCUAUGGCAAAGAGAAGAUGCCGGCGACUUACGAUGACUGGAAACAAGCCGCGAUGGGGUGGGACAACCGAGAGCAAACCAAGAAGCUUGCGAGAGCAUACGGUUAUAGACCUACAUCUCCUGCUCAAGUUUGGUACCGACCUAGCUCACCGAAUCUGUCCUAUUCUCCCUCAACUCCACAUCCUCCUCGUCCUCCGACUCCAAGACCGUCUAGUAAUCCGCCCGUCCUCAGCUUGUACCGCUAG